AAACACGGAACGCAGUCUGUUUUAAUGACAACGUGGUUAGACGUAAACAACAUCAGAAAACUGCGGAUUAUUUCCUUAAAUGGAAAUGACAUCGACCAUAUUUGCUUUGCAGCCAUUCGGAUCUAUUUAAAGGCCAAACUCAUAUGAUUAUGAACAUGUUUCCCUGAUUGAAAACGAUAGUAGAAGUACAGAAAAUGUGGAAUUGCCGAGUUUUGAAGCCCCCAUUGUAUUGUGAAAUAAAGACCACAUUGAAACAAUCUGAAAUAGGAUCUUUAUAUGGAGCAAGAAUGUUCUUGAAGAAAUCAAAAGGAUCGGUCAGUGAUCAUAUGAAGUUACUGACAACGGAGCAUUACAUGGUUAAACGUAUCAUCUACAAACUUGUAAAUCAGUUCCGGUCUGACAAAGCUCUGAAAACUUUAAAGCAGGUUCAUACCUGUAUGAAGCGACUGGAAGGUGUUAACAUUGAGAAACAAAUGACCGAGUCAUUACAGCUUGUUGAUAGGUCUUCCUGUAAUCGAGAUGAUACAGAAUUUUAUUUUCCAUCCCGCCAAGUGCUUGAACAUCAGCUUGUCAUGUUACAGGGGAUUGGUGCCUUGCUUCGACAAACUGUACUAUACUGCCAGAAAACAUUCCUUCAUGUGAGACAACAUCUUGAGCUUGGUAACAUGAUACCACAGAACUUGUUGAUGCUUGCCUUAAUCUCCAGGAUCUGGUAUGUUUGUAAUUCACUAGGAUUGUAUGUUUGUAAUUGGUAUCGUAGGUUAUAUAGUUGUCUGUCUUUCUUUAAACCUACAGCUGUACCAUGGUUACAGAAAGACGAAUUACCAAAAGAUCUUACAGCAUGGUUAUCAGAACAAUUCAAAGAAACAGAACAACCUGAGCAAAACUUGAUGGAAAGUGUUGAAGGUGAAAAAUCAAGUGGGAGUUUACCUGCAAAUGUUCAGUUUUUAGAAUCAGCUGAUCAGGAAGAUAUUGGAGAACCAAUACGGAGAAAGACCGUUGUUGAAGAAUCAGAUAAUCUACAAAACAAAACCUCUACUGUCACUGAUAGUGCUGUAGCAAUGUAUAGAAAUAAAAGGAAAAUUGAGAAGGAUGAUAAAGGUUAUGGUGAUGAAACAGAAACUUCAACAAAAAAGAAGCAGAAAAUAUUGAUAAAACCAGAAAAGACUAGUAAUAAAGGUGACACAAUAAUGAAAAUAGAAUCUACCAGAGAGUCAGAUUCUGACUCAAAUGUUAGAUCAGGAGAUGAGGAUAAUGAAAUGGGUAAAAUGCAUAAAUCAUUAGAUGUGAACUUUAAAGAUAAUGGUAGCAUAGAACAUAAAGUGCCUGCAAAAGUGGCAGAUUUUGAUAUUAGUAGUGUGACUGAUGUGAAAGCCCAUUUACAAAAUGUUCUUCAAACUUCAGAAGAUUUUGACAAUUUUGUUCAGCAAAUAAAGACUGGGACUUUUAAAAUUUGUGAAACUUGCUGUAGCUUUUCAAAUGUGGGGAAGAAAAAGAUAUUGAAAAACAUAGGUAAAUGGAGAAAUUCAAUGAAAAAUAAAACUACAGGAUUAAAAACAGAACAAAUAUUCUUGGAAAAAGUAAGAGGACCUUUAAGUGAAUUGAUAGUAAAGCUCAAUCUUACACCUAUGGUAGCAAAAGUUAAAACAAAAAUGGAGCUAAAUUCUGGUCAGAAAGAGGAUAAAGGUAACAAACAAGGUGUUGUAGCACAAGAAGAAAGUGGUCAAAAUUGGUUGAAGAAUGAACUAGAAGAUGUACAAAGGACAAGUGAUAUGCAGUUAGGGUUAAGUAAUCAGUCUGCUAUGAAGAUAAAAAAGAAAAAAGAUAAAAAGAUGAGAGCAGAAGUGACUAAUAGUACAAUGACUGGGACAAUGGAGCAUAGUCAAACUAAACAGGCUAAUGAGACAGUUGUUAAAUCUAGUUCCUCUAGAAGGAGGAAAAGGAAGUCAAAGAAAAAGUGAUUAUUUGUAAUGAAUAAGAUUAUGUAUGUAUAUUCUGAAAAUUUGUAAAAGUUGUUAAAAAAAAUUGUAAUUUCAACUUAAUUUGUUUGAAAUAUAUUUGUGAGAAAAUAUUUUAUUUAGAUGCAAGGCAAAGUUGCUAGAAGUUAGUGGUGAUUUUACUUAAAAUUUUGUAAAAAAAGAAAUGUUUAUCUAAAAUUUAACAAGUGCACCUGUCCAAUUACCUAGACCAAUUAUAUUUGCUUUCCAUUUAUUUUAUUAUAAUACAUUGUUUUGAUUAUUACAUAAGCAAAAGUGUGUAAUACAUGUACAUUGUUAUGAUUCUAACAUAAGCAAAAGUCUUCUGUUAAUAAAAAAUUAAAAUAUUAUGAACACA